UUAGUUGAUAACGAGUUAUACUCCUUGGAAAGAGAUAAAGUGUGCGUCGCGACGUUAGUUAACUGACCUGCGCGUGCCAAACACUUUGCUAAAAGCACCGACGACUUGAACUUUAGUCGCGUUUAGGGUACGCAGUUCACCGCCAAUCGUGCACUCCGGAAGCUGUCAAAAGCUCUCACUCCGGAACCGGAUCCUCUCUCACCGUCAGCGGAAUUUCAACGAGCGCGCGUACAUUCUUUAAUCGCUACCGGUCCAAAACGCAGCUGGGACUUCGUUCGCGUUUUAAUUAUUUAUUAAAACAAAAAUUAGUUAGUAGAAUGUCUUUGUUAUAUUCGAGCGAUUCGCCGGGAAAUUUGUUGUGUUGGAAUUCGAGUGAAUGGAGUUGCACGAUAUGUCCCUGGCUGAAUGAUACAACUUGGCAUGAAGAGCCGCAUAUCGAAAUAUUAAGACGAUACUCUUAUGGAAUUGUUUUGCCGACAAUCUGUUGCCUGGGAAUUUUCGGAAACAUCCUUAAUUUGGUUGUGCUCACUAGACGAAAUAUGAGAGGAACCGCCUACAUCUAUAUGAGAGGAUAUUCCGCGGCAGCCCUUUUGGCAAUCUUAUUUGCGAUCCCGUUUGCGUGGCGAGUGCUGAUUCAUAGAGACCGGGGACGAUGGGAAAACAUCUCUUUAGCUUUCUAUCAUGCCCAUUUGGAACUUUUUCUAGGCAACGGAUGCUUGGGAGUGGGCGUCAUAAUGCUUUUGGCAUUGACCGUCGAAAGAUACGUGAGCGUCUGUCAUCCCGGUCAUGCACGACCUGUUCUUGGAUCGCCCCACAGGGCAGUUGCCAUCAUCCCCAUUGCAACAUUUAUCCUCUAUCUUCCAGCAAUAUUUAGAAGUCGCGUCAUAUCAUGUCGGGUUUAUCCGACUGGUCAAUCGCUAUAUCAGCGUCAAGAUGUACCCGAAAUAGUUGAGCACCCUCUGUAUAGCGCCUACACCGUGGUAUUGGAAUUGUUGUUCAAAGUGGUCCCCAUCGUUUUGUUGGCCAUAUUAAAUUUGCGUAUUCUAAUCGUGUAUCGCCGUUCGUGUGAAAAAAGACGAAGAAUGACAUUAAGUCGGGCCAGUAAUGGGGAGGAUGACUCUAGAAAAUUCGCCGAAGAACGACGUCUGGUCAUGUUAUUGGGGUCAACUAGCGUCCUCUUCCUAGUUUGCGUCUCACCCAUGGUCAUAUUAAACAUUACCCUAUCGGAUUCGAACUUAACAAGAUACCCGUAUCAGGUAUUUCGAGCUUUGGCCAAUUUAUUAGAGAUAACGAAUUAUUCGAUCACGUUUUAUAUCUACUGCAUGUUUUCCGAAGAUUUCCGAAAUACUUUGCUCAGAACCCUACGCUGCGCCGAAAACCAUCCCCGAAGGGGUUUCAUUAUGGUACCGGCCUCUACAGGAACAACCACUAUCACCCAUCACAAGAGCUUGGUGUGAUAUAAACCCUCAGCAAUAUCACUUUCGGCUGCUCCACUUUCAACUCCAGUAUAAAAACGAACAAAAAAACACGAGAAAUCAGAAAAGUCCGAAGUGACAACCAAUGGCGACUGAUAUUGUAUGUAAUACACGAUACUACUUAAAAAAUAAAUAACUGAUAAGGGAAAGAAACGCUAUAAAAAAGAGUUAAACUAUUAUACAUGCAUAUGUGUGUAUAUGUUUAAUAGUAAAUGAAUGUUAAUGAAUAGCAUAAAUUGUUAAAUAGGUAUCAUAUAUUGCGUAAGAUGUCAAAUACUUUUUAUUUCUAAAAGGGUUAAAUUUCAGCUCGAUCUCUUAAAAUUUUUAACCAAAGCGUUCCUAAGAAACAUUCGAUUAGAAAAAUGACUACACAGACUGAAUAUUAUUGUUUAUAUUUUAUUAAUUGUAACAGCAUUGUACGUAAUUAGCAGUAAGUAUAAGAAAAAUAUGAUUGCAAUUUAACUUAAAUUUUGAAUAAUUUAUUACGGUAUCUUCCAUUGAUGUCUAUCACGACAACAUCCGGAAUAAGAGCAUACUGAAAGAAGAUACCCUAAUAAAUUACAACAUCCUCUUCGAAAAAGCAUUAGGAACUGAAUAAGAUAUCGAAAUCAGCAUUAGUAUUAAUACGAUUCACACUUCUGACGAGAUUUCAAAUUUCAAAUACCUAACGAUCACCAAGUAAUUAUGCGACUGAAUAAAAAAAUUAAAAGGCAUAAACAAAGCAAAUUAUAAAUAACUCCCAAACGUACACCACAAUUACCUGCUCUAAAUAUAUUGUUACAUGUAAAACAAUAUAUGUAUGUACAUAUGUAUCUUAAAGACCUUAAGAUAGCGUAAGCAUAUCUAACGCUUAAUAUCAAUUGACAAUUGAUUUUCCUAUUACCUAAUUUAAGAUCAUGUAUAUUAUUAUAGGUAUGUACGUACAUUUUCAAUAAAAGAAAAGCGUAUAUAUAUUAAAUCGUAAAUCCGACCCCUUCCCCGUCUAUAAAAUGUAAUAUAAUAACAAUGUUAUCUGAUCGUAAGAAACUGUAAUUGUCAAUCCCAUAAGAAUAAAUGUUUCUACCAUUUCGCAACUUAUUUCUAAUUUAUCUUACCUAAUUAAUUAGUAGA